UGGGAAGGAAAACUUCUCCCCCUUUGAAAUAACUAAGUAGUCCAGUUGCAUGCUUUAAAAAUGAACGCAGAUGAGCCGAGAGGAUCUGACAGCCUCGACAGAUUGCUUGAGGAGGCAACUCGAGAGAUGACUGGUCGACCACUAACAAUGCAAAUUGAUGCAGCAACGACGUCAAAAUUAAUAGAAAAUUUAGGUCCAUUACCCGAAAACAAUCGGGAAGCGAAACUCUCGUCGUCAGACGGUCGUCAAACGCAGAACGUCGGCGACGAGAGAGACUCCGGAUCCGGCGAUGACCGCGAGGAUGGCGGCGGCGAGGAGGCGGAGGCGGGUCCGACGAGCGACGGGAAACGCGCGCCGCCGUCGCUGUUCGCGUACCUGCAGUCGGAGCUUCGCAGCGACUACCUGCCCGAGACGAACGAGGCGACGUUCUCCGCGAAGCGCGCCCGCGUCUACGCGUUCAUGAAGAUCCCGCGCGAGGUCGAGAAGUUCAUGCUGUUCGGCUUCUUCCAGUGCGCCGACGCGUUUCUCUACGUGUUUACCUACCUUCCCCUGCGCGUUCUCCUCGCGCUCGCCUCCCUGCUCUUCCGCCCGUUCCUCCCCUCCGCCCCCGCCGCGUCGACGUCGUCGCGGCGCUGGCUGCAGCCGUCGGAAAUUUGCGACGUGUUGAAGGGGGCGCUGCUGGUGACGUGCGUCGCGCUGCUGAAUUUCGUCGACGUGUCUGUGCUGUACCACAUAGUGCGCGGGCAGGCCGUCAUCAAGCUCUACAUUUUCUUCAACAUGCUCGAGAUCGCCGACAAGCUGUUCUCCUCGUUCGGACAGGACAUCCUCGACGCCCUCUUCUGGACGGCGACGGAACCGCGCGCGCGGAAACGCGAGCACUUCGGCAUCGUUCCGCACUUUGCGCUCGCGGUCGUCUACGUGUUCAUCCACGCGACGCUCGUACUGCUGCAGGCGACGACGCUAAACGUCGCCUUCAACUCGCACAACAAGGCGCUGCUCACGAUCAUGCUGUCGAACAACUUUGUCGAGCUGAAGGGCAGCGUAUUCAAGCGCUUCGAGCGGAACAACCUCUUCCAGAUGUCGGUGAGCGACGUGCGCGAGCGCUUCCACUACCACGCGCUGCUCUUCGUCGUCAUGAUGCGCAACAUGACGGAGUUCGCGUGGAACGCCGACCACUUCUGGGUUCUCAUCCCCGACAUGAUCGUCGUCCUUGUCGCCGAGCUGUUCGUCGACUGGCUCAAGCACGCAUUCAUCACCAAGUUCAACGAGAUCCCCGCGGAGGUGUACCGGGAGUUCACGACGAGCCUCGCGUACGACAUGACGACGAGCCGUCGCAAGACGGCGUUCUCCGACCACUGCGACCUCGUCUCGCGCCGGAUGGGAUUCAUCCCGAUUCCGCUGAGCGUGCUCAUCGCACGCAUCGUCAUGCAGAGCGUCAGCGUAGAGGGCGCGGCCGGCUGGGCGACCGUCGCCGUCGGCUUCCUGUGUCUGCUCUCGCUGAAGGUGUUGGUGAACGUCGUCGCGCUCGGACGAGCGAUCCGCAUCGUCGGCGACCACCGCGAGACAGCGCGAGCGUCGCCGCGGCCGAAGCGAUCGUCGCUGCGCGGCGGCGCGUUGCCGCGGCGAUCCGUCAGCUUCGUGGGCGCGACGCGGCAGCCGGCGCCGGUGUUCGAGCGUCCGAUCUACCCGGUCGGCAGCAGCGUGAGCAUAGCUUCGGUGAAGCUGAACCCGGAGAUGCUGAAGAUGGAGCGCGAGUGCGCGGCGAUGGCCGGCGGCGCCCCGCCACAGCGCGCGGCGAGCGAGGGACAGCUAGAGGGCGCCUGCGAGGCGGACGCGGCGGUGAGGCGGCGCAACGUCGCGGGCGAGACGUCCGCGUGA